AUUUUCUAUUCCUUGAAUCGCUUCUCAUUUGUUUACGCAUUUUGCUGUGCUCGAACUGGCUCUGACUAUGAGAACCAAGCUGGGACCCACCCUGACCAAGCUUCGACCUCGUGUUUUACUGUGUUGAUCGGUGAUAAAUACCAAUAAAUACUCUUUGGAUCGGUGUUCAUUCUUGGGUACUGUCUUCCCUCGGGUGCACGCGUAAUUUUGCGCGAUUUGUUGUUCUCUAUUUGUUUACAAUUAUAUACGAUUUUUCUGAAACAUGGAUGAUGAAGCUGAAACAUAUAAACUGUGGAGAAUAAGAAAAACUGUCAUGCAGCUUUGCCACGAUAGAGGUUAUCUUGUAACUCAGGAUGAAUUGGAUCAAACACUGGAACAGUUUAAAGAACAAUUUGGAGACAAACCCAGUGAAAAGAGACCGCCACGAAGUGAUUUAAUUGUCUUGGUUGCUCAUAAUGAUGACCCAACAGAUCAGAUGUUUGUAUUCUUCCCUGAUGAGCCCAAAAUUGGUAUUAAGACAAUUAAAACAUACUGUCAAAGAAUGCAAGAGGAGAAUAUUCAUCGUGCCAUUAUUGUUGUACAGCAGGGAAUGACCCCAUCAGCUAAGCAGUCUCUUGUUGACAUGGCUCCUAAAUAUAUACUUGAACAAUUCUUGGAAUCUGAGUUGUUGAUUAAUAUCACAGAGCAUGAGUUAGUUCCUGAACAUGUUGUUAUGACUCCUGAAGAAAAACAGGAACUUCUGGCAAGAUACAAACUAAAAGAAAAUCAGCUUAUGAGAAUCCAACAGGGUGAUCCUGUGGCGAGAUACUUUGGUCUUAAAAGAGGACAGGUGGUCAAGAUCAUUAGGCCUUCAGAAACUGCUGGUCGAUACAUCUCCUAUCGUCUUGUUUGUUAAUUAAGUAUUAUAAAUAAAUGAUAAUGUAUUGUUUUAGGCUUUGUCAAUAAAAGCAUUUUUUAUAAGUGAGCAUGUCAUGGUUUCAUACAAAAUUUAAAUAAAAUAUUAUUGUAUUAUAUUCAUGGUUUGUUCAUUGUGUACAUAUGUGGUUUGUCUGUUUUUCAAUAAAAGCACUUAAAAAAAUAAAGUUGGAAGUAAAUUGAAUUUUUAUAAAUUGAACAUUAAUUGGAUUGAAAUGAAAUUGGAAUAAAAAUUUCAUUAUUGUACAAUAUUCUUCUGCGUAAUUGGAGGCCCACUAUAGUAAACGUGUUUGAAAAUGCUGGUGUGUACAAAUGUGAACUUUUUAUGCAAUGGAAAGUUUGAUGAAAACAAAUUAACAUUUGCUUUCUCUAUGCUAAAGAAAUGUUUCUGCAAU